AUGAUUUCUCCCAAAUCAAAAACUUCAACUUGAAAUUUUCAAAUUUUCAAAGAUUCAAAAACCCUAACGUCAAAAUCCCAAUUACCCUCCAAAAACUAAAAACACAUCACUUGAAUUUUCUCGGAAACCUCCGAUCUCCCUUGUCUCUCUUCCAUUGGGUUCAGAUUGUUCCAUUCAUGGCUUCGAACGAGGGCCCGGAAGGCCUAGAGGCGGAGGCUGGUGAACCCCAAGAGUUGGAGGAGCUGGAGUCGGAGGUCAAAGAAAUGUCCGAAAAGAUCAUUCACUACAGAGCUACUCUUCCGGACAAGCUCAAAGACACGUUCGUUUCCCUUCUUACAGCUCAGAGACCCAUUUUACCAGAAGGCUCCGAGCCUGGAACGUCAGGGGAUCGUAACACAGAUGCAGGACAGGUUACUUCCAGCACACCAGCAGACGGAGAUCAAGAGACUAUUGAAAAAAUACGGUUGCUUAAGGAUAAGAUUUCAAGUAAUGCCUCCAAAAUGCCUAUUGUUCUAAAGAGGAUGCGAGAGUGUAUUUCAAAGAUUGACAAAUUAGAUUCUCAAAACCGAACCAUACAUCCAGCUUUUAAAAGGAAAAGAACUAGUUGAGUUCACCACCCUUGACUGGUAUUGCAUUAGCUCUUAACUUGUGAAGAAUGACAUUGGUAUUAUAAUGAUUGAUCGAAACUGAUUUCUACAGUGAAGCCAUGCUCCAGCUUUGGAAAGGAAAUAACCGACCAGGUUUUUCGUUUUUAUUGGGUUCUAAAGUACUCAUUGUGUACUAUAAUUAUGCAAAAGAAAAAGGAAAAAAAAAAGUACCUUUCCCCUUGAAGUGUACAAUAGUAGGAUGAUGACAUUACAUCACAUGUAGCUGGUCUCCCAACCAUUCAUGAAUUAAUUGUGAAGAGAAAGAUGUAGAGCUCAGAAUAUGUCCUCCCCUGUUUGUUAUGUCACUGGCAUAUAAACCGUACCACUAGCACUUUUCUUUUUCUUUCUUAUUGUUAUUAUUUUUUUAAUGAAUGGAUAGGCACUAUUAAGAUUUCUUUUUCGUUUGGGUCAGUGUUAGUCACACCGAAGUUAGAGAUGUACCCUUUUCUAGGAUUAAUCUUUAAUAAACUGUUCAAUGCUUUAAUUUAACCUUAUAUGAAAGAUUAAUGAUCCGCAAGAAGGUCAAGUAUCACCCUUUGAAAUA